UGGGAUAGAGGGGGUUUGUAUGCACCACUUUAGUAGAAUAACCAUGCCAAACUGGUACAAGAUACUUUCUUCAGACAAAUAGCUGUGUGUGUCAGGUAUGCAGUCUGACAAAAAUUGAUCCAGGAAUGAGCACUUAUGUUUUGCUGUGCCUCUUGGUAUCUGGGAAGCUAGGAAUGAAAUGCACCAUGAUCAGCAUCAGAUUUUUCUCAGGUCCAGGCUUUGGCCUCAUGCUGGCUUGUCAAGAGCAAGAGCCCAAUGAUCCCCUGUACUGACAGAGCCAGUGUGAUGUACUGGGUAGACUGAGUUUGGGGAGGCCAGGAUUGAUUCAUAUUGCUAAGUGAUUCUGGUAAUACAAUGUUAAGAUGAUGGUUGUGAUAAAGGACAGUCACAUGAAUGGUGCCCUUGGCACCUUGCAUGAAGAGCAGUGUGCAAAUGAGAUAUUGAGCUGUGGAAGCAUCUUUUUCCUGGAUGUGGUGAGCUGUGGCCAUCACAUGCAUCGACAUCCACAAGACAAUCACUGUGCUAAAAAUAUGGCUGUUACCAGCUAGUAAGAUAGUGCUCAGUAGAACACAGUUGUCUAAAGUCCUUGGCUGGAUCUCACUGCAAAUGCGAUAUAAAACCUGGCAAUUCACUAAUUACACUUGAGCCCAGCUCUGUUAUUAUGGGAAACCAUGAUUUCCUGCAAUGUGAAUGAGUUAUGAUGAAUUUUCUACACUCCAAAACUGUUUUGUGCACCAAAGGAGGAAAUCUGAAGCAUAUGCUUUAAAAAAGAAAAUGGGAUUUGAAGUCACCAUAGCUCAGUCCGUAGAGCAUGAGACUGUUAAUCUCAGGGUUGUGCACCACACUGGGUGUAAGAUUCCUGCAUUGCAAGGGGUUGGACUAGAUGACCCUCGUGGUCCCUUUCAACUGUGAUUCUGUGAUUUGAUCCUGGCUUGUUCUCACUGAUUUGAGUUUAAGCCUGCUGCAAUUUUGCAGUAUGACUGUCAUGCGGAACUAUAGCUUGUUUAAAAAUGUAAGCAAAUGCUUCUAAACCCAUCACGUACAAAUCAUGAAGGGAAUACACAGCCCCAAGUCUCUGCAACUUGUCCAGGAAACCAUGGUUUUACACUAGGUGAACAUUAACUGUGAUGUUACAGAGCAUUACCUCAAUAUCUGCUGCUUUCAGAAAACAACUGAGUUUUGAGAAGGUGGCAUCUUCCAUAUUCCGACUCUGUAAAGGCUGAUUCAUAGAAACUUAUUUUUAGGUAAAUGAAACUCUGAAGUUGCUCUUUAUCUUUGCUUAGAAUACAAUCAAUAAGCAGGAAGUACUGAAGUAGUUUGAGAUCGGAUCUCCUGCAGAGAUUGGGAGGGAGGUAUUUGCAAGCUUAUUCAGUGCUGGAGUUUGCAUGUGUGUAUUCCUCAUCAGCUUACAAGACUAGUAGUGUUCAUCUAAAUAGAAAAACCUUAAAGGGAGAUGUGGAAGUUCCUUUUCCAAAGUAUCAGCAAGCUAUUGUUUCCAAUCAUACCCCCAGUCUACCAGAUAAUCAUUUUUUAAAAUUCAUACAUUUAUGAGGGUAUAUUGACACAUGUCAAUAACCCAACUUUCAUAAGAAAGUCAUAGUAGCUAUACAUUCCACCAUUUCUUUCCGUCUCUCCUCUGAUAAACAUGAUACCCUAUUGCUUACCAAUAUAAUUGUGAAUUAGCUCUGGAAAGAGACUGAGAUUGCAGAUCAUAAUGAACUGGAUUUAAAUACAUUUGUAAAAUACAUGAAAAGAAGCAGACUAUCCCCCGAACAGGUUCCAGCUGGAUAGCAGCAGUUCACCUUCCUCAGGUGUGGCCUGCAAGAAAUGUUUUUUGACCAUGGUCUAUCAGGGUUUAUAGUGGUACUUAACUGCCUUCUCCACCCAGCAGUUUAAAUUGUUUGAUUUUUUUUUAAGGUGGGUCAUUGCUUCAACACUGGCUUAUAGUACCUGGCAUGCAAGUUUUCAUUGAAAGGAAUGGCUUCAAUUGUCUAUGCUUGGAUAACUUACAGGUUAGGCUAUUGCAAUGUGCUGGAUGUUGGGACUGUCUUUAAAGAUGGUUUGGAAACAACAGCUAGUGCAGAAUAUGGCUAGAACAAGAAGAAAUGAACAUAAAACUGGUUCUGGUCUGGCUGCUAAUUUGUUUUAGAGCAAUUUUGCUUCAGAGCCCUACACAGUUUAAGACCCCUAUACUGAAGAGAACUGCCUUUCCCCUAUAUGAACCUUGGACUCUUGGGAUCAGCAUCUGAAGGAAGGUGACAAGGAAAGUUUAUUUCCCAGAGCCAAUUUGUCUUUGUAUUAUUAUUAUUAUUAUUACUGUUUUCUUUCUCUUUACAUGUUGGUUCUUGUGGGAUGGAGGCAUUCUGCACAUACCUUUUAACUGCACUUUCUAGUAGUUCUUCUAGGGGUUGUUUUUUUAAAUGAAAAGUAACUUAAAGCAACUUACAAAAUAAAAACAACAUACAUUAACACCAACUGAAAACUAAAACAGAGUCAAAGCUAAAAACAUGUUCUUAUCUAUAAAGACAGACCUAUGGCAUCCCACCCACGGAAGGAUGCUGCAGAUAAUUAAAGGCCAAUGGCUUGGUGGACGAGGAACAUUUUUGCUUGGGGCCAAAAAGACAGAAAUGGUGCCAGGUGUGUCUCCCAGGGGAGAAUGUUGCAUAGGUUGGAAGCCACCCCCAAGAAAGCCCAUUGUGUCAACACCCUCUGCAGCCCCCUUGUUAGGGAAGGUGGUAAAUGAAAAAGUUCUCGUGUCAGGUGAAUUUCACCCCUUCUCUGAUGUGACCUGUGAAAAUGCAGCAUUUAAGCGUUGAUUUUUUAAAAUGCUGAAUUCUUUAUUAAAAGUUUUAAACUGUUUUUAUUGAUAAUUUGCGCUUAUGUCCCGGAGAAGGGCGGGUGCCAAAACGCACGUUGAUAAUUUUGUGUUACUCUUUUUUGUAAACGACUUUCAUCCGCUCCGAAGGAGAGGGGAAAAACCAUUUUUAAACGCUCCUGCUGCUUUUCUGUCAAUUUUGCCCGAGGGCAGGCCCCGCCCACACAACUCUUAACAGCCGGCCAACGGCCUUUCCUUUUCAAACCCCAAGCCUCGCCUCCUCCUCUUUGUGACGUGCGUCUAGGCAAAGAAUCUGCAAGUUUCCCGCUUGAUCCAAGAUCACGUGGCGCAGAUUCCUAUUUAUCCCCGCCCCGUCUUCGCGUCGCGCUGGCGCAGGCGGCGCUGCGGGUGGAGCGCGAGGAGGCGUAGGAGGGAGCCAGCGCCCGGGAAAGAGGCUCGUGUGGCAAUCGUUAAGGGAGAAGCGCGUGCUUGUUGACUCUGCAUUUUCCCUCCCCGCAAUUGUUCUUCCCCAUCCUGCGCCUGUUUGGCACACCCGUCUCGUUUUUUUGAAUCGUUUGUGAGGAAGGGAGAGGGGUGUUCUAGAAUCGAUAGGAGAGACGGGGGUUUGCUCUGGAGGGAAAUAGGAGUUAGGAAGAGCUCUUUAGGUUCCAAGCCAGCCUAUCCUCUUCCCAGAACAAUAUAUAUUGUUUUACUGACGGUGGAAAUCUGGGCAGCUUUUAAAAGCAAAAGUAGUUUAAACCUGCCUUUCUGGGCAUACAAGACACUUAAACACAUGGAAAUCAUUUAAAUAGGGGAAAAUGUAGGUAUGUGUGUGUAUUUUGUAUAUAUACACACACAGUGUGUGUGUGUGUAUAUGUAUUUGUAUUAUAUAUAUAUAUAUUUGUAUUAUAUAUAUAUAUAUAAACAGAAUUCUGCAAAACAGGCUUGAGUAAGCAUGCUUUCAUUGGCGUGUUUUUUUAAAGUGAUGAGGCUGUACCUAUAUUCCUGUGGAGGGAGUUUCAAAGUGUACGAUGGUAAUAUUAGUUGUUAGGCUGAUAUGAACAUGUAUUCUAUGUGGAUAGUAGCAUCACAACAUCUGGCAAGAAGGAACACCUCUAGAUAUGCUGAGCUUAUCUGUUAAUGUGAACAUGUACAUUCUGCACAUGUGUGGCUUCUGCAGAGUGUGUGCAAAGCUGAUUUUUUAAAAUGUUAAUUUUGGUUCAGCCUAUAUAUUUUGACCGUGCAUAGGGUACAUUAGUUUUUAGAGACAUUGGGGGGGAUUAGGAGGCAGAGCUGAUGCUGUGGCUUACACCACACCACUACCAUAAUUAAAAACUUUUCUUUCCUACCACAGUUUGCAGCAUUCCCCGGAAUAGGCAGGUUGCAGUCAAGGUGGAGAAAACAACAUGGGUCAAUGAGCACCUUGCAGGGAAAGAACAGUACAAGCAACAGUUAGCUCUUACUCUGAAAGACAUUGCAGAUAAGGUCUCAGAAAGGAAUCCGUACCAUCUGAAAAAAUCUUACACAGUCUGUUGGCCUCUGAAACUUUGUCAGAACCUUGGCCAAGCAGAAUGAAAGGUAUAGCAACAAAAUUAACAAAGCCUUGCUAUGUGCUUUUGAAAGAUACCAACCAGCAAAGAAAACAAAAACAUUGUUUAAUGCAUCCGAAUCCAAAGAAAUUGCCACAGAAAAUGCAAAACAAAAGGAAGGACGGUAUUUAUGAAAAACUAAGGGUUGCCCUGUUUGACUUGUUGGAUAAAAACUGUACUAAAAAGCUAAAGACAUCCCCCAAGAUUAAGAAUGCUGGGGGACAACUGGAAUAUGAAAAAGUGAACAAGGUGGAAAGUGGCUUGGAACUCGACACUUCUGUUCAAGUGCUAAGUUCUGGAGAAUCAGACCCUGGGGAAACAAAUAAUGAUUUUAGCAUUAAAGCUGAAAGAGCAAAAUCUACAGAUAUAUCUGCCCUAUGUGAUGAAGGUAUUUUUGCAAGAUUUUCUUCUAAGGAAUCAUGCUAUGAUAAUUCCAUUAUCCAUCUUUGUGAUGAAGAAGAAAUUGAAAAAGAGAAAGAGUGUUUAGAUACUUCUCCAAUUCAUGAGACGCAGUAUCAAGAGUAUCAAGAUCUGGACACAUCACCUAGCUUUUUAGGAGAAACAUCAGUCAGUGAUACUAGUCAAAAUCUGAUAGCUACUUUUCAUACAGAAGCUUUACAGACUCACAAAAUUUAUUCCUCUUUUUCAUCUGAAAAUACAUUUAGUGAAACCAAGGUCUCCAAAAUAUCCAGAAGAAUGGGUGCUUCUUCUCUGUUGCCUGAUACAACUGUUAAGAAAGGAGACAUAUGUCAGGCAAACUCUGAAUUUGAACCUAACUUUGUUUCAGGGGCCAAUCUUAAAUUAGACUUGAAGGACACAGUUUCUGACAUAAUGAAAAGUGAGUUGUCCAUAGGAGAAAGAAUUGUUUCAGAUUCUAUGCAUGCAUCGGCUGAAGAAUUUCUCGGAGAACAAGUGGGUAUGGAAGAACAUGAGACUGUAAACCCAAACAAUACCUUGUCUGGGAACAAGAAUAUGGAUAGUUGCUGGUUUCUUCUGAAAAUUGAUGAAGUUAUAGAUCAGGAAGAUUCUGAUGAAGAAAACACAGAUGAAGAAAACAAAUUCAGAGACUUGGAGUGUGGAGAUGUUAUUUUAAAUCAUGGUCUUGACUUUCCACAGUUGGAGAGCAAGUCAGGGUAUCAGUCAUUCACAGAUGGCACUGCAGUUACCAAGCUCAUUGAGAAAAGAAUGUCAAGUGAUCACCAAGUGGACUUGGAUGGCGAGAUCAACAAUGUAGAAGAAAGUGUGAAUACUCAACCAUCCGAAGAAAACAGUCCUGUGCAGGUGUGGUUGUAGUAGCAUGUUCACUGUAGCCUGGUGCAAACACUACUGUAGUUAAGGGACCAAGAGUAAGCCAAUUAGGAUAGCAUAUUCCCUCCUCCUAUUCCACAUGCUUUUUAUUGUAAAUUCUUCCUACCUGGCCUUAGCAGCCGUUAAGUAAUACCCAUGUUUGUCAUAUGUAUCUUACCUUUACAUCCCAGACAGGAAGCUCAAAGAGGCUGGCAGUCUUGGUAAAAUGUAUCAAUUAAAAUAGUCUAAAAAUGUAAGUCCCAAAUAACCUGCCUUCCCACUUCACCAGUGAUUUCUAAUUAGCUUCAAACCUAAUAUAGAAUAGGGAAAAUCUGUGGACUGUUUUAAAAAUUAUUGUAAACAACUUAAGUCAUUAGCAGGAUUGACAUAAAAAUGUGCAGUUACAAUUUAAAGGGGAUACAAAAGGAAAAUUUAGUAAACAUGUUUGAAUUGGAUAUGCAGGGGAGGGGGUCAUUAAGA